AACAGCUGGAGUUGGUGGAAACCCUUUAACAGCUGGAGUUGGUGGAAACCCUUUAACAGGUGAAGUUGGUGGAAACACUUUAACAGCCUUUAAGAGUUCAACAUCAGCUGAAACGCAAGUAUACCAGAAGCUUCAAGAGCUUCAAAAGAUUUUGAAAGAAUUGAAAAGUCCCAUGGAUAGGUUGCUAGAAGGGAAACCCGUGAUAAAAAAAACAGAAGAAAUACUGGAAGAGGUUAAUUAUGCGCAAGACAUUAUAACCAGCCUAAAAAACAUGAAAGCUCUGGAUUUAAGGUUAACUUCUAGUCUUGAUGUAGAGAUGAAACAACUGAAGGAACUGAAAGAACGCUUGCAAGACCAAAUUAGAAUCUUUCACUCCAAUGCAGAAGCGGAAGAUCAGUUUGGAAAGUUUCACCUGCUUGAAAUCCUCGAUGCUGCGAAAAUUAGAAAAGAAUGUCUAGCUCUCAUUAAAGAAACACCUUUAUCUAGUGAUAAUCAGCAGUUAUUUGUGGUCGAGAAGAUCAAUUCUGUAUUCCUGCGAGUAAUUUCAAAGAUUGAAGAUAGCUCCAAAAGGAGGCAUAAUGUACAGAUGAAUGAAUGUCCUGAAUUUCUUGAUUCGUAGAGUAUUCAAGGAUUGUGGAGAAAGUACUAAAAGAUGCGACGAUAAACCCACGACCAAUGAUAUAUAGGACUGGUGAAAUUUGGGCCUGUAUUUUGGUCGAGGGUCGAGGGUACCAAGUCGAGGGUCGAGGGUACUAUGUCGAGGGUCAAAUUUUACUAAAAAAAUAUCAAUGAUGAAUAAAUUUUCAUUGGAAAUUUUGAUGAAUAGGUUUUUAUGUCGAUGAAACGGAAAAGAGAUGAAAAAAUCCCCAACUAAAAUCGAAUAAAUUUUGAUAUAUCCCCUAUACCCAUUUUUCAAACCUACCACAAAUACAGGGACCGGUUGUACGAAUCUACCCAAGCCUCGUGCAGCCGGACCCAAAGCUUUUGUUACUUUUGUAUGUUUGUAUUACUCUUUUUAAAACUUUAAGUGACAGGGUUAUCACAAGUCAAGGAUCACGUAUCCAUCAGUAAUUACAUGUCUUUAACGUCUUCAGAUGAGUAUACGGAAUAUAGCGGUAAAUUUUAAUUAUUAUAUUAUUAUCAAAAUUGGGAUUUUUGCAUUUCUUUUCCGUUUCAUCGACAUAAAAACUUAUUCAUCAAAAUUUCCAAUGAAAAUUUAUUCAUUGAUAUUUUUUUAGUAAAAUUCGACCCUCGACUUGGUACCCUCGACCCUCGACUUGGUACCCUCGACCAAAAGACAGACCCUGAAAUUAAUAGUCAACCAUUUAUCAUCAUUUGAACACCUUCCUUCCUUUGAACAAAUCGGAGGCUUUAUUGUUAUUUUUGUGACAAUGGAAAAUAAUCUCAUGACGAGAAUCGCAGAAACAUUCAUCAAAUUGAACUAAUUUUUUUAAACCUUCCACUGUACAGACAUGUUGUAAAGUUUUUCCAGUUUCACCACUUUCAUGAGAUGUAUAUUAACAUAAAUUUACGUUAAAAUAGAUUUGUAAAUACUUAGCUGAACUAAAUAAAGCAUGAGGCUAGUCUUUAGUGAUAACAAAGUUUAGAAGAAUUGUUAACGGAGGUCAGUAACGUUUUCCAGAAUUCACUCUAAACCAAUUAUAGUUGCUGUUAUAGACUAACACAAAUCUUUAGGACUUGCACUUGUAGUGUUCGGGUACCCUGUGUACCGCUGCCUCGUUCUCAUGUAAGUCGUGCUUCAAGUGUAAAUACUAAUGGCGGAUUAAACGAGUUCAGUGCCGUUACUAAUCCAGUCUGUCUCUUUACUUAUUUCGGCCAUCGAACAACACAUGGUGUCAGAACCGGGAUUUUAAGUAUCGAUAAAUAUCUGGAACCGAUAAUUUGAGUAUAAAGUGAAUCAAGGAUGCCAGAAACCUCGGAGCAAAGUGGAGCACCUACACCGAUGAUUAAUCCUGUUUCAUACCAAUUUACUCCUCCAGAGGAAUUCGACUUCUCAAAGCCAAACGAGUGGGGAAAAUGGAUCAAGCGAUUCGAGCGCUUCCGCUCUGCAUCUGGCUUGAGUAAAAGGGAUGAAGAAAGUCAAGUAAAUACRCUAUUGUAUUCCAUGGGAAGCAAAAGUGAUGAUAUACUGGCGACAUUUGGUCUUUCGAACGACGAAUCCAAGAAAUAUAAUGAAUAUAGUGACCGUAUCGUGGUGGGUCUAGUUAAGCAAAAGCUCUCAGAAAAGCUCCAGUUGGAUGCAGACCUAACCUUAGAAAAAGCCCGGCAUUAACAGCGUAAGACAGAGUGAGUCUGUGAAAAGCCAACAAUCAGUAGUCRGAGGUCAAGAGGAUGGAAGUCAACCUGCAAAAGUGGAUAGAAUCCACAAGUCUAAGUCACAGAAAUCUCAAAAUCACAGCCAACAUCUGCAUGGAAAAGCCUCUAAACAACCAGCAAACCCAAAUUAUCUAACCAAUGAUGUUUGCAAGCGAUGUGGGAAAAGCCCAUCCCACAAACGAACACAGUGUCCUGCAAGAGAAGCAACUUGCCGAAAGUGCAAAAAGAAGGGUCACUUCCAAGCUGUAUGCUUUAGUGGAAAAGUAAAUGCAGUUGAAGAGGAGGAUGAUGACAGCGAUGAGUGCUUUCUUGGUACUCUGAGUGCUGGAAAAAUUGAUAAUGUGCAAGUAGACCCCUGGAAGACUAAUGUCUCUGUAAACGGCAAUAACAUUGCAUUCAAACUCGACAYCGGAGCUGAUGUUUCUGUGGUGCCUGACUCUAUUUUGCCUAAACUAAAUGCUACUCUUGGUCACACAAAGAGGACAUUGACAGGAGCUGAUGGUUCUAAGCUCAACGUCAGUGGGUCAAUCUCUGCUACAUUGAAAGCUAAUCACCUUGAAACAAAACAAGAAAUCUACGUGGUCAAGAAUUUGAAGUAUCCAUUGUUGGGUAGACCUGCCAUARAAGCUCUGCAACUUGUUAAAGUUAUCCAUUCUGUGGAAGAGUCAAACAAAGAAUCUGUACAUGCAAGACAUCCAAAGCUAUUCAAAGGCCUAGGAAAGCUCGAUGGGCACUACAAAAUUGAAUUAAAAGAUAAUGCUGUACCUUACGCUGUGAACACGCCACGACGAAUUGCGAAGCCACUCUUACCUAAAGUUAAAAAGAAGCUUGAAGAGCUAGAACAGCAAGGUGUAAUAUCGAAGGUAGAUCAACCUACAGAUUGGUGUGCGCCUAUUGUAACAGUUCCAAAAAGCAACGGCGAUGUUAGAGUAUGUGUUGACCUGACCCGACUCAACGAGCAAGUUAGACGCGAACGACUGAUGCUCCCAUCUGUCGACGAUGUGCUCUCUCAGUUAAGCGGUGCUGCAGUAUUUUCAAAGUUAGAUGCUAACUCUGGCUUCUAUCAARUCAAGCUUGCGCCGGAAUCAACCCUGUUGACAACAUUCAUCACACCGUUCGGGCGGUUUUGCUAUAAUAGGCUACCGUUCGGAAUUACCUCUGCACCAGAGUAUUUUCAAAAGAGAAUGCAAUCUGUACUUGCUGGAGUAGAAGGGACAGUCAAUAUGAUUGACGACACACUUGUCUAUGGGAGAAAYCAAGCGGAGCAUGACGAGCGCCUUGAAAAAGUGCUGAGCAGACUUGAGGAAGCAGGAGUCACCCUCAAUGCUGAGAAAUGUGAGUACUCGAAGUCAAGCUUAACAUUCCUUGGUCAUGUGGUAGAUGCGUCGGGUAUACGUCCAGACCCUGCGAAGGUAAAGGCAAUCCAGGACAUGAAUGACCCUACCAAUGUAACGGAGCUAAGGCGGUUCCUAGGAAUGACGAAUCAGCUCGGAAAGUUUUCUGAUAAAAUAGCCGAAGUCUCAAAGCCUCUGAGAGAUCUACUAAGCUCAAAGAAUUCCUGGGUAUGGGAAAGCCCUCAGAAAGAAGCAUUCAAUGCCCUCAAGAAACUUCUCUGUAGCGAAGAAGUGGUGCUAGCUCACUACGACCUGGAAGCGGAAACCAGAGUCUCAGCUGAUGCAUCUUCGUACGGCUUGGGUGCUGUCCUCUUACAAAAGCAGAAAGACCAGAGCUGGAGACCCGUGGCUUAUCAAUCGAGAUCCCUAACUGCAUGUGAGCAAAGGUACGCCCAGAUCGAAAAAGAAGCCCUUGCCACGACGUGGGCAUGUGAGCGCUUCAACAGCUACUUGCUCGGGAAAACCUUUGAAGUACAGACGGAUCACAAGCCUCUGAUUUACCUCUUAAGCUCUAAGAAGGAUCUAGACUGCUUACCACCUCGUAUUCAACGCUUCAGAAUGCGUCUGAUGAAAUAUAGUUUCAGUAUUGUUCAUGUACCUGGUAAGGAACUGAACUGUGCGGACACUCUAUCGAGAGCUCCAAUGUCUAUGC